CGAUGUUUUUAAAGCUUUUUAAACUUAUAGGUUAGGUUACUCAAUUUAAUUCAAUGCAAUCGAAAAACGUAAUAUAUUGGAUUUAGAAUCUUUACAAGCGGCUCCAUCAUUAUGGCAAAAAUCCAUUAAAUAUAUUGUUGAUAAAAUUGUUAAUCCAGCUGGGGUUACAAUCAUAAUAAAUAAUAAAAAAAUAUAAGGAUAUUAGAAAGAAUUGGCAAACUGUGGUAUUUGUUGUAUUUAUGUUGCGUUAUUAGAUGUUUUAUCACAGAUAUAUUUAAAUCUGUCACAAGUGUUGGGCCAAAGAUGAAGCUGGAGAUUAAUAAUAUGAGAAAUAAGAGAAUAAACAAUAAUAUAUCAGUUUUGUUAGGAUCUGGAAAUUAUUUGGACGAUAUGACUUCUUUUAUGAAAGAUUUAAAAAAUGGUAGAUGUGUUAUCAGUUCACUCUGAGGAUAAGAAUCAAAUUGAUGUGGAUAAAUGUGUAAUUACACAGAGAAAAGAGCCACAAUAUGAAUUUGUUGAUUACUUGGUUAAGUAUUCUAUGCUUUUAGAGUAUAGACGAUAAUGCCAUCUUACGGUGGCUGGAUAAUACCAACAUAAACCAACCUAAAAAUUGUUAAAAAUGUCACCUUUGAGUGUGAGGUAAUUCGUACGAACUUCAAGAUGUAGUAUGAAAUGUCAAGUGAAUGUGGCGCAAAAUCGUUGUAGCCGUUUCCAGUUUAAACAAAAACAACCAACUAAAAUCAAAAUUAGUGUUGUAGAACGGAAUCGUCAACAUUUCCAAAAUAAAGAAGAAUCUCAUCAUCCGAAUAUCAAACUACAUAUUAUUCUUAAAACAUGGAACCGAUCAAAGUGUAUCCCACCGUUGAAGAAUUAAACAAAACGGGGAUUACCGCUAUUCAUUGUCCGGAACAAGGUUGUGUAAGCGUCUUUAAAUCCGAUUCGAAUUUGAAUUUACACCUGGCCAAAACCCACAAGAAAGCGGAUGUUUUAAAACGCGAAUCAGUACAGCGUGAGUAUCACUGUCCCGAAAUGAAAUGUGUCUAUCACAAAACCAAGUACUUCAAGUCGUUUAAGUUACUCAAACAGCAUUAUUUAAAAGUGCAUACAGAGAAAAUGUUUGAAUGUUGCAGUUGUAAUAUGAAAUUUCCAACUGUUACCGCUAGAAAUUUCCACUUGAAUUAUUGCGGAGUAAGUUUUAGCUGUUGUAAUUGUAACGCAUCAUAUCCUUCUUACGAAUCACUUAUGACCCAUGGUAGACGUAAAAAUCACAUAAUAUUAGAAAAAUCUGCUUAUAAAUGUAUUGAUCCCAUACAAAAAUCAUCAAGUACCACUUUAUUAAAUGAUGAUAAAAACACUAUCUCUCUGGUGAAAUCGAGUAGUUUACACGAUAUGAAUUCAAUUUCGAAAAAUACAAUUACAAUUGAACGGAGUAGUCAAACCGAUAUUUAUUCAAAGACUCGUCAGUUUAAAUCGCGUCAAGUUAAUCAACAAGAAACGCAAACGCACAAUAAUAAAUGUUUACUUACCGCUGAAACCCAAACGAUCGGCGAUUACAAUCGAAAUGUAAAAUUAGAACCAACCUCCAGCAAUGAAGACUUUUUCGAACGCAAAGAUAGUAAAACUCAAACUCAUCCCGUCGAUUCUACAACAAAAUCGUGUAACACCUCGUUUAAUUUGGAUGAUUUUAGUUUUUCUUAUGAACAAAGUAAUUCUGGUACCCAAACUACAGCUGUAAUGCCAUCGGAUUGCGAUCUUUUCCUCAUGCAAACUGAACCGUUUGCCGCCCAAAUUGGAAGCGAAUUUAUGCACUCUAGUUCACAAACGAGUUUUCAUGAAGAUUCGUUUGACUCUGAGAAUUAUUUCAAUUGCAGCGCUGAAACCCAAACCGAUUUUAUGUUGAUUUUAGAUCAAGAUUAUAGCAACAUGUGUACGCAAACGGGCGAUGAAGUUUUUAACGUUUUCAACGAAUUUAACAGUUCGCAUACCCAAACGGUUUUUGAGGACGUUUUGAGAUCCGUCGAGAGUCAAACGAUGAUGUCUACGCACAAUAAUAAACACGUUUUGUCUUGCCGCGAUAUGGCGCACAUGGAAACUCAAACUGACGAGUUCAAACAAAUGUUGGAAGAGAUCAAUGCCUGACUGUAAUGUUAUAUUUUUAGUUUUUUUUCUUUUUCGUCCUUUUAUUUAUAUUGGUGAGGAUACAAAUUUGGAGUAAAAAAUUUAUUGAUAAAACUUGAAUUGUAAUAAAUAAAGUUUCAAACCUGGUCUAUAUUAAUAUACAAUUUCUUAUUAUUAUUAAUAUUGUUGUAAUCAAGAAGAAAUAAAAUAAAACUAUUGCACAAUCGUUUA